AUGUCGACCAAAAUCAUCGAAGAAAAAUGUGACGAGGCCCUCGUGUCCGGGCUCCCUCACGUGGCUUUCAGCAGCUCCUCCGCCAUGUCUGGGAGCUACUCACCGGGCUAUGCCAAGAUCAACAAGCGAGGCGGUGCGGGAGGAUGGUCUCCAUCAGACAGUGACCACUACCAGUGGCUUCAAGUAGACUUUGGAAACCGGAAGCAGAUCAGUGCCAUUGCAACCCAAGGAAGAUACAGCAGUUCCGACUGGGUGACGCAAUACCGCAUGCUCUACAGUGACACCGGGAGAAACUGGAAGCCUUACCACCAAGACGGAAAUAUCUGGGCGUUUCCUGGGAACACUAACUCCGACGGGGUGGUCCGGCACGAUUUACAGCACGCGGUGGUCGCCCGCUACGUGCGCAUGGUGCCUCUGGACUGGAACGGAGAGGGUCGCAUCGGGCUCCGAAUCGAAGUCUACGGCUGUUCUUACUGGGCUGACGUUAUCAACUUUGAUGGCCAUGUUGUGUUACCAUAUAGAUUCAGAAACAAAAAGAUGAAAACUCUGAAGGAUGUCAUUGCUUUGAAAUUUAAAACCUCGGAAAGUGAAGGGGUGCUCUUGCACGGAGAAGGGCAGCAGGGGGAUUACAUCACUCUGGAACUGAAAAAAGCCAAGCUGGUCUUCAGCUUAAACCUAGGAAGCAACCAGCUUGGCCCCAUUUAUGGGCACACGUCCGUGAUGACAGGAAGUCUGCUGGAUGAUCACCACUGGCACUCCGUGGUCAUCGAGCGCCAGGGACGAAGCAUCAACCUCACCCUGGACAGGAGCCUGCAGCAUUUCCGCACCAACGGGGAGUUCGACUACCUGGACUUGGACUAUGAGAUUACCUUCGGAGGCAUCCCUUUCUCUGGGAAGCCAAGUUCCAGCAGCAGGAAGAACUUCAAAGGUUGCAUGGAGAGCAUCAACUACAAUGGCAUCAACAUCACUGACCUGGCAAGAAGGAAGAAGCUGGAGCCCUCCAACGUGGGGAAUCUGAGUUUCUCCUGUGUGGAACCCUAUACAGUCCCCGUCUUUUUCAAUGCGACCAGUUACCUGGAGGUGCCAGGACGACUCAACCAGGACUUGUUUUCCGUGAGCUUCCAGUUCCGAACUUGGAAUCCCAACGGGCUCCUGCUUUUCAGUUACUUCGCUGAGAACUUAGGCAACGUGGAGAUCGACCUCACGGAAAGCAAAGUAGGCGUUCACAUCAACGUCACACAGAACAAGAUGAGCCAAACGGAUAUUUCGUCAGGUUCUGGGUUGAAUGAUGGACAGUGGCACGAGGUUCGAUUUCUAGCGAAGGAAAAUUUUGCUAUUCUCACCAUUGAUGGAGAUGAAGCAUCAGCAGUUCGAACGAACAGCCCUCUUCAAGUUAAAACUGGAGAAAGGUACUUCUUCGGAGGUGUCCCAAACCAGAUGAAUAAUUCCAGUCACGCUGUCCUUCAGCCUUCGUUUCAAGGGUGCAUGCAGCUCAUUCAAGUGGACGACCAACUUGUAAACUUGUAUGAAGUGGCACAAAGGAGGCCAGGAAGCUUUGCCAAUGUCAGCAUUGACAUGUGUGCCAUCAUCGACAGAUGUGUGCCCAAUCACUGCGAGCAUGGUGGGAAGUGCUCACAGACGUGGGACAGCUUCAAAUGCACGUGCGACGAGACGGGCUACAGUGGGUCCACCUGCCACAACUCUAUCUAUGAACCUUCCUGUGAAGCUUACAAGCACCUCGGCCAGACAUCAAAUUACUACUGGAUAGAUCCUGAUGGCAGCGGACCACUGGGACCUCUGAAAGUCUACUGCAACAUGACAGAGGACAAAGUGUGGACCAUCGUGUCUCAUGACCUGCAGAUGCAGACGACGGUGGUAGGCUACAACCCAGACAAGUACUCGGUGACCCAGCUGGUGUACAGCGCCUCCAUGGACCAGGUCAGCGCCAUCACCAGCAGCGCCGAGUACUGCGAGCAGUACAUCUCCUACUUCUGCAAGAUGUCCAGGUUGCUGAACACCCCAGACGGGAGCCCCUACACCUGGUGGGUCGGCAAGGCCAACGAGAAGCACUACUACUGGGGCGGUUCCGCGCCCGGGAUCCAGAAGUGCGCCUGCGGCAUCGAGCGUAACUGCACCGACCCCAGAUAUUACUGCAACUGUGACGCCGACUACAAGCAGUGGAGGAAAGACGCUGGAUUCUUAUCCUACAAAGAUCACCUGCCGGUGAACCAGGUGGUUGUUGGAGACACUAAUCGCCAGGGUUCAGAAGCCAAACUGAGCGUGGGGCCCCUGCGCUGCCAAGGAGACCGGAAUUACUGGAAUGCGGCCUCUUUCCCCAACCCGUCAUCUUACCUGCAUUUCUCUACCUUCCAAGGGGAAACCAGUGCUGACAUUUCUUUUUACUUCAAAACACUCAUCCCCAAAGGAGUCUUUCUUGAAAACCUAGGAAACACAGACUUCAUCAAAUUGGAGCUGAAAUCGGCCACGGAAGUGUCCUUCUCGUUUGACGUGGGCAAUGGUCCUGUGGAGAUCGUGGUGAGGGCGCCUUCCCCUCUUAACGAUGACCAGUGGCACCGGGUCACCGCCGAGAGGAACGUCAAGCAGGCCAGCCUGCAAGUGGACCGACUGCCCCAGAAGGUGCGAAAGGCUCCGACGGAAGGUCACACGCGCCUGGAACUCUACAGCCAGCUGUUCGUGGGUGGGGCCGGCGGCCAGCAGGGUUUCCUGGGCUGCAUCCGCUCCCUGCGCAUGAAUGGGGUCACGCUGGACCUAGAGGAGAGGGCCAAGGUCACGUCCGGCUUCAAAUCUGGCUGCUCGGGCCACUGCACCAGCUACGGCGCCAACUGUGAGAACGGAGGCAAAUGCAUCGAGAAGUACCACGGUUACUCCUGCGACUGCUCCCACACGGCUUACGACGGGACGUUUUGCAACAAAGACGUGGGCGCCUACUUCGAGGAGGGCAUGUGGCUCCGGUACAACUUCCAGACCCCCGGCGCCAGCGGGAAGGAGGCCAGCACGAGGUCCGAGGGCGGCCAGGAGCCGCCUGGCCCGUCCGCCGACCUGACGCACGAGGAGAUCAGCUUCAGCUUCAGCACCUCCAAGGCCCCCUGCGUGCUGCUCUACAUCAGCUCCCUCACCACGGACUUCGUGGCCGUGCUCGUCAAGCCCGCCGGAAGCUUGCAGAUCCGGUACAACCUGGGGGGCACCAGAGAGCCCUACAAUAUCGACGUCGACCACAGGAACAUGGCCAACGGGCAGCCUCACAGCGUCAACAUCACCCGCCAUGAGAAGACCGUCAUCUUCAAGCUGGACCAUUACCCCACCGUGACUUACCACCUGCCCAGCUCCUCCGACACCGUCUUCAACUCCCCCAAGUCGCUCUUCCUCGGGAGAGUGAUAGAAACGGGCAAGAUUGACCAGGAGAUCCACAAGUACAACACGCCAGGAUUCACCGGGUGCCUGUCCAGGGUCCAGUUCAACCACCUCGCGCCCCUCAAGGCGGCCCUGCGGCCAACCAACGCCUCGGCUCUGGUGCACGUCCAGGGCGAGCUGGUGGAGUCCAACUGCGGGGCGUCCCCGCUCACCCUCUCCCCGAUGUCGUCCGCCACCGACCCCUGGCACUUAGAUCACCUGGACUCAGCCAGUGCUGAUUUCCCGUACAACCCAGGACAAGGACAAGCCAUAAGGAAUGGCGUCAACAGGAACUCGGCCAUCAUCGGAGGCGUCAUCGCCGUGGUGAUCUUCACCAUCCUCUGCACCUUGGUCUUCCUCAUCCGGUACAUGUUCCGCCACAAGGGCACCUACCAUACCAACGAGGCCAAGGGGGCAGAGUCGGCAGAGAGCGCAGACGCCGCCAUCAUGAACAACGACCCCAACUUCACAGAGACCAUCGAUGAGAGCAAGAAGGAGUGGCUCAUCUGAGGGGCUGUGUGGCUGUGAGGUCCAGGCAGGGGGGUGUGAGGAGGGAGGUGGAGAGGGGGGAGACGCGCCCUGCUUUGUACACUCGAGCACAUCCGUCAACCACCGUCAGCACAAGUUAGGGGGAGGUAAGCGGCCGAAAGAAAGCUCUCGAGAAUGCACAGCACCAAAAAAAAAAAAAACAAAAAAAGGACAAAAAAAAAAGACUUUUUACUAUUUCUUUAUAGCUGAGUUUUCCCCUUCUGUAUCAAAAGAAAAUAAUACAAAAAACCGCUUUUAGAGUUUAAGCAAUGGUUGAAAUUUGUAGGUACUCUCUGUCUUAUUUUGUGUGUGUUUAGAGGUGUACUAAAACCCCAUGGCAAAGGGCAAGUUUUCUACAUUUUUAAGAGCCCUUAGGAUGUGGAUUGUUUUUAUUUUUGUUUUUGUUUUUCCCCUGAGAAAAACUGAGCACAUACAUAGGGCCUCCUGCAUUUCCUUCCAUUUGCUUCAUGUCGAAUCUAAACCGGCUACUGUAGUUACACUAGUGUGUGCUCCCAUCAGAUUUCUUUUUGUGUCCUAUACAUUAGGAAGGGAGAGAAAGGGGCAAAGAGAAUGUAUGGCUUGCUGAUGUUCGGAGACCUCAGUCUAGGCCAGUUCCGAGAAUUCCCACCUGCAGCAGGAGGGCCUGGUAGCAGGCGGCUCUUAACGAAGCCAUGUGAUCAGCACAAGAGAGAGACGCUUUGGGGGUCGGGGGGAGACAUUUCCUAGCAGGACCGUUGGUUCUAUUUUCACCUAAUCUCCGAGAGCAUGUCGUUCUGUGCGUGUAGUCUGAGAUCUACUCGAUGUCUAAACUCUCAGCUCCAAGACCACGGUGGCUGGCUGUUACAAAAGAGUCUUAACCGACCACGUCCCAGAUCACAUAGCCUCCAUGGGAAAUUAGAGCCAGCGGUUAGGAUUUCUUUGCUCUGUUUUCUUUUGUUUUGUUCUUUUAUGGUCGUAGCAAGAAAUGGACACUUCCUUGUGAGUGCAUCAAUUAGGUAAGCAUUUCUCAUUUUGCUUUGACUCUCGAGCUGUGACAAAAUCCUAGCCGGGUCCUUUGACUGGACACCUGCAUGAGAAGGCCAAGUUGUCUUUGCUCUUCUUCCUGCUCUCACUCUGGAAUCAAGUGGAAAACACUGCCAUAUUUUAAGUCAUCUUCGCCAUGAGUCGUCCCAUCUGAAGUAGACAUGCUGCCAUGAUUCAGGGAACUUCUACGGCAGGCACAUUGGAACCUCAAAUUCAUCAUCAACCUGGUAACUGACCGUUGCAACUCAGAGGACACGUCUCAGUUUAAUCAGGAAACAUGAUCCAGCUUGUUCCAACAAAUAACUCAUUGGUUUCAUUUAAUGAAAAAGAUUGUGUGUAAUUGCAUAGAACAAUGCUUCUAUUGGAGCAUUUCUUACCCCACCCCACCUCGUCCUCCCCUCCCCCCCCCGCCAGAAAAAAGAACUUUAAUUUUCAAAAGACACAAAAGCUCCUUCUGGAAUGACUACUGUUUAUGAUCAUGGUGGUUUAGGCUCUUAGAUCUAAUACGUACUUUUUUAAGAAAAAUUUUUAGAUUCCAACAUUUUGAGGAUAAAUAGGCCCAGUUUUUUCUUCUUCUCCCGGAAGUGGGGAUAAGAUGAGGUUUAAAGGGUCCUGGUGUUAAUGUCCUGAUAACCAGCCUCAGGAAAAUAGAAUUUCUAGUUUGUUAGAGCUAUCUCUACACACACUGCAAGAUAUUCCAUGGACCUAACUUAGUGGAGAAUCUCAAUUUCUUGAUCAAUGGAAAAUGUUCCCCGCACUGCCAAGGGUGGAUUCCAGCAGCAUCUGACACCUCCUGGGGGAGACAGACAGACCCUGGUUCUCUCUUCUCUUUCAACUCAGGAUAAAGAAAGGAAAACUAACUGUCAGGUUGCGAUCAGAGGUCUUGGUAAUUCUUCCAUAAGGUACAUGUGAAAAUAUUUAACAUGAGUGAAUAUCAAAACAACAUAGAAGUUACAGCCCAGAUGGUGAAAACAAAGGCUGCUUAUUUACCCAGUGACUACCUUGAUGGGUUCUUUGAUGUAUUAUAAGGAAAAACUCAUUUUAAACCUUCCUGGGGGUGUUUCUCUUUUUCAGAACCUGUCCUACAGGUUUGGUUGUCGGCUUUUGUUAUUGUUUUUGUUUCUUUUUUCUUCUUUUCAGUUUCCCCAAGAAUGCCAGGCAAGAAUGCCAGGCAGGAGUUUAUUUCUCUUGUUUCCCACAUAAUCUUGGUUCUUCCACUCUCAAUACUGUCCCUUUCUACCCCAAAGGAUUCAGGAGUUAAAGUAAUCAGAAAUGUUCAUCAAAUGUUCAAAAGAAAAUCCAACACUUCUCUUGCCAGAUUUUCAAAUGAGGAGCAUCAGAAUAGCCCGAGAGAGAGGGAGGGUUGAAGAUCUCCACCCUCUGGCCCACACAGGACA